AUGGAUCAGUUGCCGAAGCAGAAGGAUGUGACCCCUGCUAAAGGCAGGGAUAGGUGCGAAGCUGCUAAGGCAGCUUUUGCGAAAAAUGUGCACGUUAAACGUGUUAGUUAUCUGUUGAAUGCAGCGGUAAAUAUGGCCAAUGAUUACCCUAACAUAAGCCGCGCUUACAUCCGUGAGCUUAGGGAAAUCGCAAAUAAACAUGUAAUAAGACUUGACCCUUCCUUCAAGCUGAACUUCUGCAAGGGAUGUAACACUGUCACACUGCCUGGAAUAAAUGCAGUUUACACGGCGGAGUGCCAUCAAGAAUGGCACAGGAACGUGCCGGGAAACCAAGGUGUACGUGACGCCACUUCCUGCGCACCUGAGAUGCCAGGGCACUACGACAAACCUCCUGAUGACAACCAGUUCGAUGAGUUGUCGUAUGAUUGGCUGGCGGUGACCUGCUGCGUAUGCACUCGUACCCGGAGGACGAAGCUGAAACACCCUGAAGUAAACGACUGA